AAAAUCGUUUAAAUCUGUUCUGAGCGUUUUCCCCCUCCUUCACAAUUUUUCUAACGAGUGACCUUCAAGGCAAGAAAAACAGAGGGAGAACACAAUGAUCAGUUUGUUUCCACCUUAUGUGUCUUAUAGCAUCAUAUGGAUGAUCUUUGUGAUCCCUUCUUGUGUUCACUCAGCUAGUGAGCUUCACAAGCUCUGCAGUACCCCGUUUAGCUGUGGCAAUCAAGAAGGUCUCUUUUACCCUUUCUGGAUAUCUGGCAGAGAAGCAUGUGGCCACCCCGACUUCAAACUCAACUGUAGUGGAGGAUUUGCAGAGCUUACCAUCUCCUCCGCAAAGUUCAUAAUCUUAGAGGCAAACUCUACCUCUCGUGUCACAAGACUCGCUAGAUCAGAUUAUAUAGGCGAUCUUUGUCCACCAUACCCACGAAACUCAUCGCCGUUCAACGAACUUGUGCUUCCAUUCGCUACUGGCACCGAGAUGCUGACGAUAUACUACGGAUGCCCCGAGGUUUCACCAACUGAUUCUACUUACCUUGUUGACAUUGAUUGCGAAGACGAUGGUGACGGUGAUGAGAAAAGUUACUACGUGUCGAGAAACCUAUCGUCUCGUUCACUUCGUGCGAUUUGCAAACGUCACGUCAGUGUUCCCGCAGCUGGAACGUCUCUGAACACACUGCAAAGCAAUCCAACUCUAGGUAAUCUGAAGAUGGUUAUCGCAGAGGGUUUCGAGCUUGGAGCUAACCGAGAAUGUUCCACGUGCGUAUCUUCUAAGGGUGCUUGUGGAUAUAAUCAGAGCUCAAAUGGAUUCGUCUGCUAUUGUAUUGACGGGCAUCAAAAUGUUACUUGCGGUUCUACAAAUUGGGAUACUGGCCUCUCUACUGGAGCAAACGCAGGUCUCUCAACGGGGAAGAAAGCAGGAAUCGGAACUGCUUUGGGGUUGGUGUCAAUCAUUCUUAUAGCCGGAGGUUUGUUCUUUGUGGUCAGUCAGAGAAAGAAAACGCAGGCAGCUCAAUACAUUACCAAAGACUUGGUCAUCACGUCUUCGAGUAGGGAAGCAUCAAACAAUCCAACUUCCACAACAGUUUCCUACACCGAUCUCCCUCUUCUCCCUUCAGUCUCUACUAGCCUUGCAAACAGAAGCGUCUACUUUGGAGUUCAAGUCUUCAGCUACCAAGAACUCGAGGAAGCCACUCAAAAUUUCUCUAGAGAACUCGGAGAUGGCGGAUUCGGUACAGUCUACUACGGCGUGCUGAAGGAUGGACGAGCUGUAGCAGUGAAACGACUAUACGAAAGAUCGCUAAAACACGUUGAACAGUUCAAGAACGAGGUUGAGAUCUUGAAAUCGUUAAAGCAUCCGAAUCUUGUGAUUCUCUACGGAUGCACAUCGAGACAUAGCAAAGAGCUUUUACUUGUCUACGAGUACAUCUCAAACGGAACUCUCGCAGAUCAUCUCCACGGAGACCGAGCUGAAUCUCGUCCUCUUUCUUGGUCGGUCCGUCUAAACGUUGCGAUCGAAACCGCAAGCGGUUUAACAUUUCUCCACUCAUCAGGGAUCAUACAUAGGGAUGUGAAAACAACAAACAUUCUUCUGGACGAGAACUACACUGUGAAGGUAGCUGACUUCGGUCUCUCACGGUUGUUUCCGAUGGACCAGACUCACGUCUCCACCGCUCCGCAAGGUACUCCGGGCUACGUAGACCCGGAGUACUUCCAAUGUUACCGUCUAAACGAGAAGAGCGAUGUUUACAGCUUCGGGGUCGUGCUAAUAGAACUCAUCUCUUCCAAAGAAGCUGUGGACGUUACCAGACAGAGCCGCGACAUCAACCUCGCGAAAAUGGCCGUUGCCAAGAUCCAGAACAACGCGUUGCACGAGCUGGUUGAUCCGAGUCUGGGAUUCGAGAAGGAUCCGGAAGUGAGGAGGAAGAUGAUGUCGGUGGCUGAGCUUGCGUUCCGAUGUUUGCAGCACGAGAGGGAAAUGAGGCCGACGAUGGAUGAGGUGCUGAAGAUCUUGCGAGGGAUUAAGGAGAAGGUCGGGCAGUCGUCACCCGAUGUGGUGGAUAUCGGGGGAUACGGCGGGGAUGAUGCUGGAUUGCUGAGAGUCAGUGUUCCUCCGCCGCCGAUGUUGCAUGAAACUGAUACGUGGACGAGCAACAGUACUUCAGAGGAUAUGGAGGCGAUUCCUUUUUGAGGAGUGAUAAUUAGGUCUUGUGCGUCCCUCGGUAUAAACACAUUUAUUAUGGUUUUUAUUUUAUGUUUUCAUGUAAGAUCUUUAUCUAUGUGUGAUUACAUUUUUGGCUACCAAUUAAAAUGGCCACGCUAAUACGUCUAUACCUUACU